AUGCGCAUCGUCCCCGCAAACUCCAACCCCGAGUCCUUCACCCACACAUCGCACACCUCGUCCGCCCCUUCCGCCCCCGGCGUCCACGAUACUCUCCGCCACGGCGUCGGCCAGUCCCCCUACGACGCGGCCGCCAACAAGCCUUCCUCCGCACACCCUCUCGAAGCCCGUCUCAAGAACUGGGAGGCGACCCAGGAGGCCGUCCGCAUGGAAUCGCUCCGUCGUACAUUCGGAAUUGCCGAGCCUGUCCGUCGGGGCAUGGAGCUCAAGAUUGUCAGAGACGGCGAGUGGCGGCCCUUGGCUCUUGGAAACGGCUUGGCCAGCGUACACGAGGACAUCCUGAAGGGACGAGAAGACACGAUUACGUGGGAGGAUGUAUUCACCGGCGAGGAGAUGAAGGGUGUUCCUGGAGUUCAUGAUGAGAUGGAGAAGAAGCUCAAGAUUCAGUAG